CUUAGGUGGUGGAUCGACUCCAGAUAACGGAAUAUAGUUGAAGGCCAAUUGACAUUCACAAAUUCAGAGAAGAAAAAAAGGCAUAAAAAGUACAUCUUUGUUGGGUACGUAGAUAGUAGAUAUUGGUGGCCACCAUCAAUCGAUGGAUCAUCAUCAUCAUUCAUGGCAAUCGAUUCCCGGCAACAACAACAACAUCUGCCCUGUUUGCUCUUUUUCUCACUUCCCUUUUUGCCCCCCAAUCCCAAACCCUAAUUUCCAUUAUUCACCCCCAGUCAAUUCCUACAAUCCUCCUCCUCCUCCUCCCCAGUUUCCGUAUAAUACUCCCCCUCCUAAUUCUUUCGAUUCUAAUCAUCGUUAUAAUACAUUUAAUACUAAUAAUCAUAAUUAUAAUAAUAAUGAUUAUUAUAAUGGAUAUGAUAUUGGUAACAAUGCAGGUAUUAAAAGAAUGAAAUUUGAUAAUAAUCCUAAUCCUAAUCCUAAUAAUAAUGAGAGGAUUUUGAAGUUGAUUCAUGAUCAUGGUAACGCUGCUGCGGAUUUUGGUUCCGGAGAAAUCGGUUUAAAACGUAGACGAAGCGAUGUUGAUGAUAGGUUAGUUCAUCACGGGAAUACUAAUACUAAUACUGAUGUUGUUUAUGAUCAAACUUAUGAACUUUUCCCUUCUAGAUUCGAUAGUUUAGAAUCGAAUUAUUCACUUUCGAGUAAGAGUCAGUUUCCCCCACACCAUUUGCAUAUGCAUCAUGAUUAUGUAUCUCCACAUGAUGUUAAUUUAAACUCUCAUGUUCCCUAUAAUAAUAACAAUCAUUGGUCGGAAUCUAGACCUAAUUAUGAACCUAAUUCGUUUGGGACGGAUUUUCAUCAUGCUCCACCUCCGCUUCCUACUUCACCUCCACCUCCACCACCACUACCGAUCGACCCACCGCCACCACCACCUCCAAGGAACCACUUCUUUGAGCCACCGAUGGAAAAGCCUUCUUUUUUUCCUGUCCCUGGUAGCUCUUCUGCAGUAGAUUCUUCAUCGGCUCGUUCUGCAGUUCUGGAUAACCCGUCGUCUAGACAGGUUUAUUAUACUAAUAAUGAUUAUGCAGGUCAUCAUGCUUCGACUAUUUCUUCUACCGAGGAUUUUCAUACACGGCAAUCUUCAUCUGAAAGAUAUGUCAGAGAUUCUCAACAGUUUCCAUUGCGGCAUUUACCUCUAGAGAAGCCAACUAUUGUUGAUGCUUCUCAAAUAUUUAAGCAUCCACACCGAGCAUCUCGGCCUGAUCAUCUGGUGAUAAUUCUACGUGGGCUUCCAGGUAGCGGAAAGAGCUAUAUGGCAAAGAUGUUGCGUGAUGUAGAGGUUGAAAAUGGCGGAGAAGCACCACGCAUUCAUUCCAUGGAUGAGUACUUCAUGACUGAAGUUGAAAAGGCUGAAGAUAGUGAGUUGUCAAAGGCUUCUGGCGCUCUUAGAGGCAAGAGACAAGUAAUGAAGAAGGUGAUGGAGUAUUGUUAUGAACCUGAAAUGGAGGAGGCUUAUCGAGCAAGCAUGCUGAAGGCGUUUAAAAAAACCCUUGAUGAGGGGGUUUUCUCCUUUAUAAUUGUGGAUGACCGCAAUCUGCGGGUAGCUGAUUUUGCUCAGUUUUGGGCAACUGCUAAGAGAUCGGGAUAUGAAGUAUACAUAGUGGAAGCUGCAUACAAGGAUCCAGUGGGUUGUGCGGCUAGGAAUGUACAUAAUUUUACCUUGGAUAAUAUACAGAAGAUGGCUACACAAUGGGAAGAAGCUCCAUCUUUGUACAUGAAAAUGGAUAUAAAGUCUUUACUCCACAGAGAUAAUGUUGAUGAAAACGGGAUUCAAGAGGUGGACAUGGAUAUGGAAGAUGAGGAUUCUAUAGAUGCUUCUCAGGGAACUGAUGUUAAAAGUCCUCAGGUGGAAACCAAAAAUCAGGUGGAUAAUUUUACACCUAACGAUGCAAGUCCAGUAACAGAUUUGAAACAUCCUGUGCUAAACCAACAAAAAGAAGUGAACCAUUUGAGUAAAAGUAAAUGGUCUAACGAUUUGGAUGGAAGUGAGUCUAUUGAAGCAGAAGAUGGGAAGAGAAAGGCUAGUGCUCUGUCAGGUUUAAUUAAUGCAUAUAGCAAGGAAGGUAAAUCGGUACAAUGGGGUGACCAGGGUGGAAAUGUAGGCUUCUCAAUAGGUGCAACAAGAAAAACAUCAUCAUUAGUUAUUGGGCCUGGUUCCGGGUACAACUUGAAAUCAAACCCGUUAUUAGAAGCUUACUUAAAACCAGCCAAUAAUAUUGUUGAGUCGAAAAGGCAAAAUGUAUUCCAUGAACAGAUUCGUGCAGAGCGUGAAUCAUUUAAAGCAGUAUUUGAUAAGAGGCGACAACGGAUUGGCGGGUUCAACAUAGAUGAAGAAUAAUUUGUCAUUUGGUUCUUUGUGGUCUUGUUUGUAUCAUCUGUAUCAUGUCUCAAUGCUAAUUUCUCUAGUGUAUACUAAAUUUUGUGGAUCAGAUCAUGUAUCAUUUUUCUAUAAUAGUGUAAAGAUCUGAAAUCUUCAAGAGACAA